AUGGACACUAGUCAUUUUGUUCAAUCCCUUGCCCCUCAAUUAAGUGAUUCUUCAUGUCCGUUGAACAAGCGUCGCAGUACGCAGAAAAAUCUCUCAUUCUGCGCGACUAGUCUGUUGGAAAACACAGACUUGGGACACAUGGACGAGGACGUCUUUGUGCCACCUUUAGAAGAGAUUGUGCCGCCCGAUGAGUCUCCAUGGCCAUCGGAUAUCUCACUUCCCACCGCUGAGUUUGAUACAAGCCCCGGGGAGACCACCCUCGCGAUACCCGGGGAAGAGACCCUCCAUGGAUCCGACGAGUUUAGCUUCGCUGCCCUGCUAGAAGGAGAUGGUGAAGAUCUAGAAGCGAUCGUCCGACAGUCCGACCCAAGUAUGAGCCCAACCCUGUUCCAAUUUACAGGGACCAGUGUGUCUCCACGGUCUGGAAAUACAGACAUCAGCCUUGGUCUAUUCAAAGAGCCUACAAUAUCUGCUAGUAGUCCUGAAAGGCUGAUUUUGCACUUCGACCGAUACACCUGCGGAAUACUAUCCGUGAAAGAUGGGGCCCAUGAAAAUCCGUGGCGGACCUUGAUCUGGCCCCUGGCUAAGGAUACGCCAGCCUUAUACCACGCAAUUUUUUCUCUGUCUGCCUUCCACUGCAGUAAGAAAAACCCUUCCUUGAGAGUUCACGGGAUGGAGCACAUGCGCCGGAGCAUCGCUUGUAUGGUGCAGGACAUCCAAAAUAUGAGAGCGGAUGCCGCUUUGGCCACAAGCCUAGCGCUCGCAUUUGCUGACACCUGGGACCGGGACACACGUUCAUGUAUUCAACACCUACGAGGAGCCAAAGCGUUGGUAUCACAAGUGGUGGGACUUGGAUUGCAAGCUGGUUUGUGCGCAGCCGAUCUAGACAGGAUCCGAUUCCUUUACAACACUUGGCUGUAUAUGGAUGUCAUUGCACGCUUAACCUCGUUGGAGGAAUCUGGAGAUCAAAAAGUUGAUCUAUCCAUCCUCCAGCUUCCCAAAGGCGCAGUGCAUGAGAUUGACCCUCUGAUGGGCUGCGCCACCACACUAUUUCCGCUCAUAGAUCGAGUUGCCCAGUUAAUCCAACGAGUACGGAGGACUAAUUCCAACUCAAUAUCUCUCGUUUCGGAGGCGAUUGAGUUGAAAAGGCGUGUUGAGCAAUGGGAGCCCCCUGACUGGUUCGAACCACCGGAAGAUCCAACUUCCGAAGUACAACAUAGUUUACAGAUCGCACAUGCUUAUCGCUGGGCAACUAUUCUAUAUCUUCAUCAAGCUGUUCCGGAGAUGCCUUGUGAGCCGGCGUCAGAGCUCGCCAAGCGAGUGUUACUGCUGCUGGCCACGGUUCCACCGAGCUCCCGUACAACGAUUAUUCAAAUGUUUCCUCUCUUAGCCGCCGGAUGUGAAGCUGAUCAGGAGGAAGACCGGCAAUGGGUGCUAGGUCGAUGGGGAUCCAUCCAGACCCGUGUCAUGCUGGGUUCCAUCGAUCGCUGCAUAGACGUAGUCCAUGAAGUUUGGAUUCGUCGAGACCAGUUUGAGGCCGAAAAGCAGCGGCGACAGUUCCGAGCGACGGGUCGCUCCAAUUCCUUUGAUGAUCGGGAACCGGUUGGCAGAGAUGGAUUACCCUACGGGAACAUGGCACCUGGGGAUCUAAAUCAUCCCACUAGGUUUGCUAAAGAGUCAUACAGAAGACCAGCAGCUGAUGAGCGGGCGAUAUCCUCCCGGGGAACUGGGAACCCGCGGCGGAGUUCUGCGGUAUCUCCCCUGGAAAACAUCGAAUUUGAAAAGACCGUCAGGGGAAAAUUACAUUGGGUCAGUGUUAUGCAAGAAUGGGACUGGGAAGUAUUUCUUGGGUGA